UCCGGUUUGGUGGCGUUCAGUGUCGUUUUCGUGUUUAUCGCAUCGAUAACUCAUCGUUAAAAUCACACUUUUUAAUUUCCAAAUCGUGCAAAUGUGUAAAUCAGUAUGUAAAGUGCUUUAAUAUGUCACUAGUGCGUUAACAGAGUCAUUUCCGCCUUACUACCCCUCGCUUACCUCUAUUGAUCCGUUUUGGAUGGGCAAGAUCAGAUUUGGUUACGUCGUUGGAAAAUGAGAGCGAAUGACGAGGGCAACCUGGAUGAGGACCUCUACACCCUCUGGAGAUGAAAUUCAGUUUGGUAAUGGUCAUUUUGUAUUUACUGUGGCCCAUAGAAGGCCAGCGAUUGGUGCCGCCGAGGAGUUAUCAUUCGGAUGACGAUGACGAUGACGAGAUUCGUCAUGCUCUUAAUGACGAUGAGGAGGGUGAGAAUAAUUCAACAGACAAAGGACUCUAUGUGGGAGCUCCAUGUGAAAUCGUAUGCAACUCGAAACUACUCCACGUCUAUUGCAACCCCAUCACAGGGGUGUGCGAAUGCGAGAAGAACUACCCCGUCAAGCUCAACCCUUACACAGGGUGUGGAAAACCGAAAAGGUUGGGUGACCAGUGUUACUACCGAGAGACCUGUCAAUACACCGAUGUCCAUUCGGCCUGCAUACAGGUCCACCAUAACGCCAUUUGCCAAUGCCAAAAUGGCUACCAUUCCGUUUCUAUUCAAAAAGGGUCGAAAAGGGUCUUCUGUGCCGAAGAUCUGGAGGUUAUGACAACGGAUUUCUCGACUUUUGCCGGAGUUUUAUCCGGAAUUGCGAUUUUAUCCGGAUUAAUUUGCUUCGUGUUGCAUUUGUUUAACCAAAAUAUGUAUGGACCAAGACGGCACCGUUUUGGUAAUGCUAAUUUGGCGCCCCCUAUUUUAUAUUCAAGCGAUCCAGGAUCCUUACCGAUGCCUAUCAUCGAUCGCAGCUUGACGUCCCGGACGUCGAGUCGCCGGACAAUAGCAUCGUUGCCGUCGCGGCGGGCCAGCAGUGCCCAGGGUUGCCGCGGAAUAGCCGUUUCCGCCUCCCGUGCAGGUGCGGCCCGCAACGCCGCCAUCUUGCUACUCUCUUCUUAUCAAUCCGAUCCCUACCAACCACCAAUUUACGAAUACAAAUUCGGCUCUCGCAGACCAAGUUUGACUUCGAUUCAUAGUGGAAAUUCCAUCAAGAGUUACAGUCAACGAAGAUACGAGCGGGAGCGGGAAUUGAAGGAAGAAAGGGAAAUGCAAAGGCGAUUAGCACGGAUGUCUUCUUCGGCUAACUCGAGCGGGAGAAUUGCCCCAACUCCUAGCCCCCAUUCGACCGAUGACCUCCUCCCGACUCUAGAAGAGGACAAACAGAAGGAAUCGUCAUGGAUUGCGAUUGUUCCUCCUCUCGCUAUACAAGAAGAAUCGUCGUCUAGUUUCCACGAAGAAAUACCAUCGACUUCGAAACAAUUCCCUUAAAACUCAGCGAAGUACCAAAACUCCAAGUCGCCAUGGCCUAUUUUGCAUUAAUUUGCGUUGUGGUUAUAUGUAAUGUGCUACAAGUAUAGAAACGUGGCGGACUAUGUGCAUUAUAUGUUACGAAAUUAUGAAUUUUUAACAUUAAAACGUUAAAAUAGAAUGAUAGGAUAA